AUGACCGGCUUCUCGUUUUUCCCGACCUCGUUCAUCGCCUUGAUUCUCCUGCGAUGCAUCUACCUCAAGUACUUUCACGCCCUGUCCAGAUACCCAGGCCCCUUCCUGGCCUCUUUCACGAACCUGUGGCGCACAAUCCGAUUUGCUAAAGGGGACCUCCAUCUCGAUGUCGCUGCUUUGCAUGCCAGACACGGCUCGAUCGUCCGGCUCGGCCCGAACAGUCUUUCGUUCUCUUCAGUCGAAGCUUAUGAAGCUAUUUAUGGUUUCAGCGCACGUGGUUUCAAGAAAGGCUCCUUCUACGACUUCGCUCGGAACAAGACUACAGGACGUACUACCGUUUUCGCAGCCGCAGAUGAUGCUACUCACCGAGAGCAUCGUCGAAAGACCAUUGUUGCGUUUGGCAACAGAGUUCCCGCAUAUGCGCCGGUGGUCAAGAGACACGUCGAAGUCUUGAUCGAGCGGAUGAAACAAUUCAGGAACGAAAACGGUACAGUGAGCAUUUCCAGUCUUCUCCACAGGUUCCUACUCAACACCCUGUUUGAGAUAAGCUUCGCCCGUGAACUUCCUGCGGCGCUACCACCGCCUGGCGAAGUGGACACUCUCAGCCAAGGUUUCCAUAUGGUAUCCGCGUCCAUCUUCACCUCUAGCUGGCUACCGUGGCUCAACUGGGUUCUCAAUACAGGUCCAGUUCAGAAAAUAAUUCAGAAGCCGAAAUAUGAACCUGAUGGCAGUCUCGUUCCCCUCUCAAGAUUCUUCCAACUAGCUGAGCAGGUUAUCACCCAGGACCAACCAGCUCUGGAGGUGCACACGAAAAGCCAGCCCAGCAUACUGCAAAACUACCUCGCAGUCUCCGAAGAUGACUCAAGACGCAUGACCGUACCGCAGAUAAACAUCGAAAGUAUCAAUCUUGUCUUUGCUGGGCAAGGUAGCGCUACUGCAGCCCUAACAUCCAUCCUCUGGCAGCUCGGCACUUCCGUCGGCCGUCCGUGGCAGAAGAAGAUACGCGCUGCCGAUACUAGAGAGGUAGUAUUAGAAGUAGUCAUCAGAGAGACACUGCGAUUCCUACCGCCUUUUCCAAUUGGAUUUCCACGGGAUAUCACUUCAGAGACUCAAACAGCGAUCCCAGGGAUCUACGGCACACUCCCUAUCGGAACCGAAGUGUCCGUAAACUACUGGCUUCUUUGCCGAUCAAAAGAGCUCUUCGGAGAAGACGCGGAUGUGUGGGACCCCACUCGAUGGCUGCUCAAUGCUUCAGAUAGGGAGUUGGAACCUCAAGUGGAUCACGGACUCGACGAGAAAUUCCUCAUCUUCGGACGGGGACCGCGUGCUUGUCUAGGACAAGACUUUGCGAGGCUGGUAAUCCGCGAAGUGAUAACGGCAGUCCUCGAGAGGUGGGAGAUCGAGGCUGUGGGAGAGCUGAAGGGGAAGAACAUGUUUGAGUUCCGGUAUGAUAAGGCUGAGGUGCGACUUAGGGAGCUGCAAGUGAGAUAAGAAGCUACUCGCGUUGUUGCACUAGCGUUGAGGUUGGCUCUACUCCUGCGUGGACGUGGGGUUCGACAUGGUCUCUAUCGAGCUUGCGGUAUCACGUGCUCUGCAAGCUCCAUCCAUGGAGGGAGGAUGCGAUUGCUUCAAGGCUUGCACAUUUUCUAAAGCUGAGU